AUGGACGCUUUUCACACUUUUUCUCAACAGCAAUCGAAUGAAGGAUACGAUUUGUCUAAAAAAGGUCCUCUUAAACGAACUCGGGCUAAACGAAGUUGCGAUUUUUGUCGAAAAAGAAAAUCUCGGUGUGAUGCUGAUGUUUCAACACCUUGUUCCAACUGUCGAGCUUGGGGCUAUAAUUGUGAAUUUCAGACAGUUAGAAAAAAGCGAGGGCCUCCUAGUGCAUACGUAGAUAACUUGGAAAAAAAAUGCAAAAAAAUGGAAACACUUUUGAUUGCUCUCACCCAAUGCUCUAUUAAAGAACUAGAAAAGAAUGGUUUUCAAUAUGAUGGGCAUGCAAUCCCUUCUCCACUCAAUGACACCGAAUCUUCUUCGGAAGACGAAGACGAACGUGAUUUUGAUCCUGUGCAACCAAGAGAUUAUGAUUCAAUCAAAUACGUUGGCCAAUCUUCUGCUGGUUUAAAACUAUUUGACCAAAACAUCUUUAAGUCACAGUCAGCUAUUCCUUGGCCUGGAAGAAAAGAUGUGAUGCUCAAAAUGAUGUCUCAAGACGAGGUUAUGUUUGUUAGUACGGAAAAAUCUACACAGGGUAGAUCAGACACAUUGCUUGAUGUUGGCUUAUGCAUGCGGGGGCCUUCUAGUCGAACCCCAAUAUCUAUGAUAAAAACACCGGCUUACAACAAGAAGCCUGCUAAGCAUCAAUUGGAUAAAAUCAUUGGCUUAUAUUUUACACACAUGCAUUGUAUUUUACCUGUUGUUCACAAAAAGAAGUUUUUGGAGCAGUACCACAACAUGUCAUCCAAUGACUCGCCCUUUCUCCUGAUGCAGGCUGUGCUUGCCUUGACCUUUCGUUUUGCAAGCCAACGUUUGCCUGAUCUAGUCAAGGACGCCAGUGAAUUUGGUGACAUGUAUUUUAGAAAAGUAAUGAAACGAUUGAGAGAUUCAGACCGAUCUAGACUCUGUUACGUUCAAGCAUCUCUUUUGAUGGUUUUGUAUCUAGACAUGGACGAAGGCGAUGUUGAGUCUAUGCAAUGGUGUACAGCAGGAAGUGCAAUCCGAAUGGCACAAGAUUUAGGCCUUCAUCGUUCAUGUGUCAAUUGGAAUCUUCCUCGCUCCGAGAUUGAAAUUCGUCACCGAGUCUUUUACUCUUGUUAUGUGAUUGACCGAUGUCUCAGUGCUCGUGCAGGAAAACCCUUGACGAUUUUGGACCGAGAUUUUGAUACAGAUUUACCUUCACCUUAUGAAAUUGAAGACGAGGAUGGUUCUGAUCCACCGGGCCAACCCAUAUAUCGCUCGUUUAUUUUGAUGAUCAAAUUAUGCGAAAUUCUUGGAAGGAUCCUGAAAGCAUUGUAUGCUCCUAACGCAAAGAUUGCUAAUUCAAAUGCUGGUCUUGAUGAUCCUACUAUCUUGGCAGUCUUUGAACGUCGUCUAAAAAACUGGAGAAGUUCGCUGGACGAACCUUUUGAUGGUGUUUAUUUGGCUGAUAUUGAUAAACACAACCUUCAAGUCUAUCAUCAUACAGUAUUUAUACUUUUGCAUCGACCAUUCACUCAACUUUGUACAAAGAAAUACCCAGGUUUAAAAUCGAUUGUGGAUGCAUCAGUGAAAGCAUGUACAGAUGCGGCUGAUAUGCUUUAUGGAACUCUUCAGCAACGAGAAGGUAGAGAUUGGACACCGUCUUAUUACCAUCUUUAUUGUGCACCAGGCUAUUUUGUAUAUGCUUUGUUUCAAGCAUCGCUUGUGUAUCUAUCGAAUGCAUUACGUGAUAAAAGUGGAAGCAAUAUUCGAGCCUAUAAACGAUCUAUUGAACUCAUUCAAUCCAUAGCGGGUAAAGGCCUUGCUCCGAGAGCAGCCGAAAUCUUAAAUAUGUUGGGUUCUAUCAAUGGUUUGUUUGACCAAGACGGUGAACCAGUUGAAGGCGAUCUGCAACCAAUUGCAUCACCUUUAUCUGUGUCUAAUCAGCCUGCUGUACAGCCAAUUCAGGAACCUGUUGUUCAAAUUCCUAAAGCACAAUAUGUUCAUCACCGAAUGAUAAAUACGAGCAUUGUUGGUGGCCUUACACCAGAUAUUCAAUCAGAUAUUGGGAUUAUUAUGGAUCGACCAUGUUCCAGUCAAGAACAACAACAACAGCAUUAUCAAGAGCAGCAAAAAGAGCAUUAUCAAAAUCAAGAACAACAAGAACAUUACCAGCAUUCUAUUAAUUAUACUGAACCACAACAACACACUGCUAAUUAUUCUCAAAAUUAUCGCCCACAUUCUACAGGUCAUUUUACACAUCAUCGCUCUAUUUCCCUAGAUCAGUUGAAUAGUAUUACUUCACAGCACGUCAUAUCAUCUCAUUCUCGAUCCAUUUCUCACGACCAUUUUGAUUUUACCAUGCCCCAUCAUUAUGGUGUCCCACCAUCCAGUAACUAUCAGCCUACGACCUAUACUUUACCACAGGCACCACAAGCCUAUACAGCUACUUAUGAUUCUAAUGUACAUGUAUCAAACACAACACUACCUCCUUCUAGUCUGAAUUGGUCUGAUUGGGAUGUGUAUAUCGGACAUCAGCAACAACAACCACAAAAUAACCCUUACCAUGCUACUUAG